AGCCCAGCAGAGAGAGCAGCCCGGGGCUCGGCUGUGAAUCGAUGCCUGGUGUGGAUUUUGUGUUUCCCGUGUCCCCAGGGUCAGUUCCACCUGGGAGAGGCCCUGGACUGGGUCAGGAGCGUGGGGCAGGCGGGGAUGCUGCAGGACCUGGAGCAGAUGGGCAGCUUCGGCAGGGUCAUCCUGGCCAUGUUCUUCUCCGAGUGGACACGUUACAUCACCAAGGUGGCCCUGGAGGGCUGUGACAUCGUGGCAGAGCUCAGAGCCCACACCUCCGAGAGCUCCAGGAAGAAGAGUGAAGCCAUGAAGCAGAAAGGAAAUGCUGAAUUUUCCCAGGGAGCCCUGGGCUCUGCCAUCGUCUCCUACACCAAAGCCAUCGAGUUUUGCCCUACCAACCACCUGCUGUACGGGAACCGAGCUCUGUGCUUCAUCAUCAUCCAGCAGUACGGGAGAGCUGUACUCGAUGGAAAAAGAGCCAUAGUUCUCAAGCCUGACUGGCCAAAGGGUCACCACCACUACUGCAAAGCCCUGGCCCUGCUGGGGCAGGCUGAGCUGGCCCUGGUGGCCAACGAGCGAGCGCAGGAGCUGUGCCAGGACAGCCCCGAGGGGCUCCGCGACCUCGUCCGGCAGAACCAGAAACUCCGCAGAACCUUCCAGAAGCUCGCGGGUACUGAAGGAAAAGAGAAGGGGAGGAAGACUCUGCUUGAGAAAAAGGACUGCCGUGCCUGCAGAUCCCCUGCCAGCCCUUCCCGGGAGCAGGAGGGAGCAGAGAGGGAGAGCAAGAGGAGCCAGGAGGAGAAGCAGGAGACAGCCCAGGUACUGCUGGAACCUUCUAGAAUUACACCUGGAAAUGCGGGAAUUCCAGGAGUAGAGUGCAGCACAUUUUCAUUUCUUUACCUGCUGAGGGGUUUGGGCUCUUUGGCUUGGUUUAAACCCACUCCAGGAGGUGGAUUUGGGGUUUUAAUCCGAUAUUUUUGCCCUCAGGUGACUGAGCCCCAGGGAGCAGACGGCAAAGUUUCCGCGCUGGAGCAGCCUACAAACCAAAGUCAGCAAAACAAACGAAAGCCAAAAACCAAAACUUGUGACUAUGAAAAAAUGAGGGAUCCUGUGGAUUUGAAGGAGGAGUCCAAAGCCAUGGAGGAUCAAGGUUGCUGUGCUGUGCCACAGGUGGAUUCCAGUCCAGCUGGAAAAGCCCUGGGGCUGGAGGGUGAUGGAGCCUUGCUGGACAGGGACAAACCCAUUUUAUUGCCCCUGCUGAGAGCCUUGAAUGCUCCAGAGUUCACGGUGGAUUUCAACUCUCUGCCAGAGGAGGUGAAGAGCCUGGCCCGGGAUGGCUGCAGAGCCCUGCAGGAGCAGCAGUGCCACGGGGCUGAACGAGCCUUCUCCCAGCUCCUCAGCAUCCUCUGCACCUCAGGGCUUUCGUAUAUGAAUAAUGUGAAUAUUCUUAAUAUUAAUUAUGUUAUAUUCCUCUAUGGACAUGCCACUGCCCUCCUGGGAAUGGGACAUCCUGAGGCAUUGGCAAAGGCUGAAGAUCAGUUUAAGAAAAUAAUGGAGAAAUAUCCGGAAGAAAGUUGUUUUUGUUUGGCACACUAUGGAAUUGGAAGGGUUUACCUCAGGCAGAACAGGUUUGCUCAUGCCCUCGACCAAUUCCUGAGGUCAAAGCUGAUGAUUGAUUUCAAGAUUGUCCCUGGAGUUUUAACCUGGCCAGGAACAACUCAGGUCAUCGAGGAGACACGAAUAGAGAAUUUACAGAUGGCUUUAAGGAAUUAUAUUGAGGAAUGUAAAUUCCCUCCAGAGCCAGAUGCUGUCUGUCGAUACCAGCAGUGCCAUGGCUACUCCAAAGUCCAAAUAUAUUUUACAGACCCUGACUUUAAGGGUUUUAUACGUGUUAUUUGCUGUCAGCAGUGCAGAGUGGAAUUCCACAUCAGCUGCUGGAAAAAGCUGAAAACAGCAAGCUACAGUGAUAAAAAUGAUAAGGAUUUCCUUAAGGAAAUGUGUUUCACUCCUGAUUGUAAAGGCCUUAUUUCAAAAAUAGUUAUUUUCAGUUCUUCUGGGCUGGUAAAAUGUGAAUUUGAACAAAAAAUCCCAAAACUGAAGGAGCCACCAAGGGCCUGUAUAAAACAGAAAUGUUCAAGCCUUAGGAAGAUAAAACUGAAGCAAGAGAAGAAACAGCGGCGAAAACGAGCGCGAGAAGAGGCCAGGAACCGUGCCAGGAAAAAAGCUGAGGAGAAGCAGGAGGGCAGGGAGCAAUCCCAGCUCAGCCAGCACAGGGGUUCUGGCCAGGAUUCAUACACGGGGGACCAAAUCCUGCAGCACAUCCAGCGCAAUUCCGAGCAGAUCAAAGCUGCUGUCCCUGACGCUGCCAGACUAUUAAAGGAGUUACUGGCCUGGGGGGUGAUCAGAGAGGAGGAUCUCACCUCUCCUUCCCCAGGUAGCAGCACUCCCCAGGAGGUGCUGGAGCAGCUGCUGAGCUCCUGGAUGCAGGAGCGAGGCCGGGUGCAGAGCCGGGGCUUCCUGCACGUGCUGAGCCGCCUGGGAGAGCUGGAUCCCAAAGUGCACAAGUGGCUGCAGCACCUGGAUCACCUGGGUCUGACAGCUACAGAAAACUUUCUCCUUCAAUAUUGCCAAGUUCUGCAAGAGCUUGACCUUUCUAUUGUAAUCCCAGUGUGGAACCAGAAAUAUGGCAGUAAAUUUGAUUAUGUGGCAGCUGAUGGUGAAAAGCAAGAAAUUUGUGAUUAUUUCCUCAGCCCUCCCCUAGAGAAAUCCCGUUGUUUUAUAUGGCUUUUAGAAGAAAACAGAGAGCAUUUCCCAGAGCUCCAUCAAGCUUUAGAUGAAUUCUUUGAUAAAAUGGAUGAUCCCACCAUUAUAUUAAAGAAGCAGGGAAAUGAGAAUUUAUCAAAUAAUGAAAUCAAGGUUAAAAACAAAAACAGGAAGAAGAAUUUGAAAGAUUCCAAGUCUAUUUUAGUAUUAUCCAGUGGAGUUAGUACAGCACCACGAGAAGAAGAGAAGAUAUUUAUAGAAGAAAAUAAUUUGUACAGAGAUUUUCCAAAUGAAAAUCCCUUUGUAAUCCCAGAAUAUCUCCGGGAGCAACUGGAGGAAUUCGAAGCUCGCUAUAAUAUUUCAAAUAGUAACAAUUAUCAACUGAAUAAUAAUAAUAAUAAUCCAGAUCCAAUCUCUGAGAAUUUAUAUGAUUAUUUCUCUCAAAUCUUGGAAGAACAUGGCCCUCUGGAGAUGAAUAAUAAAUUGCUGGUUGGGGAAUAUGAGAAUUUCCCUGAGGAGACUCGGAAGGUGGUGGAAGAUGAGGGCGGCCUGGAGCCCUUCCUGCUGAAAUCCCCUCGCUUCAUCACCGUGGAUGGCCUGAUUGGCCUGAGGAAACACUCGGUCCUUUUGGAAGGAAAUCCAAGUGAAAAUAGGAAUAAAAAGGAAAAUCCACCUGGGGAAUUCCAGGAGAAUUGUUCCCACAGCAAGCUGCCCUUGAAUCCCUAUGCCCAGGAGUUCCGGCCUCUCUCGUACCCCUUGGAUGCAGCAGCUCCUGAUUUAGCCGAUUAUCACACCCAGCAAUAUUUCCCCUGCUCCUUCCCUGCUCCUCUGCCAAAUGAAAAUAUUGAUUCCAUGCAAAACCAAGCUCAAUUUUCAGGUGUUUUCCUGCAGGGCUUCCAGCCUGCAGGCCCGGCUGUGUUUUUACCUCAGAGCUCCUGGGGUUACCAGUAUGGAAUCUUGCCGCUGCCUCAGGCCGGGUUCGUCUAUGCUGGGCCUGCUCAGGGGAACCUGCCCGCAGCCAUUGGCAGCCAUUGCCCUGAGGGGCUGGGGCCAGGGCGAGCCCAGCAGGGCCAGAGCCCUGGGGGCCCAGUGGAGAACUUGGAUAAAAAGGAUCCUGCAAAUGGUUCUGAUGGAGCUGAGAGUGGGAAAUGUGUUCAAAAGGAAAAAGGAAGGAGAAAUGAAGGCGGGAUGAAGAGCGAUCCUCACACGAGGAUGGUGGCUGUUCAGGUAGAUCAGGAAGUUGCUGAUAGGGAAACCAAUACUGUGCCUUUCCAUCCAUUUGAAAAUCAACAAGGCGACAUCCUCCGCCUGGAGAAGGAGCACCAGGUCCUGCAGGAGCAACUCAGGGAAGCAGAGGAGAAGUUUGAGCAGUCCCAGAGCAGGAGCCUGGAGGAAAUUGCUGCUUUGGAAGAGCUCCUGAAAAAAUGCAUUGAAGAGACCGAGGUGUCCCAGAAUGAGCUGGAUUGGUUCCACCAGGACUCAGAAGCACAAAUGAAGAAAUGGCAGCAGGAGAAGAAAGAAAAUCGAGAGAGUUUGAAAGCACUGAAGGGCACAGCUAAAAAACACUCAGACACCAAUGAGAGGUAUUUGAAGACCAUUGAUGAGAAGGAAAAACAAUAUAAUGCAACUUUAAAUAUAUUUCUGGAGACCAGUAAUAAAUUUGCUAAUGAGAAAGGCAAAUUGGAAGAGCUGAUAAAAAAGAGUCAGGAUGAGAGCCAGGAGUGUGAGAAAAGAGCUGUUAAAGCAGAGGUCUCAGUGCUCCAGACCUGGAAGGAAACUGAAAGCUGGAAGCUCAGAGGCACCAUUGCCAAGGCAGAAGGAAACCUCAGGAAGCUGAAGGCCCUGAGCAGCAGCUCACCUUCAGCAGCUCCUGUGUUCAAGUCCCAGAUUGAUUCCUGGGAAAUUUUUAUUUCAAAUGUCAAGAAACAGCUGGAAAAAGUCGAGGCUGAGUAUGAAGAGAAGAUUGAGCUGGUGAAGAAGGGGAACAGGAACUGCCUCAGCAAAGUGGAAACUGUGGAUUUUCCUUGGCCUCAGGGCUUUGUUACAAUGCCAGGCAGACCUCCAGUGUGUGACCCUGCCAUUGUCACCUAUUGCUCAGCUCCUGCACCUCCCAGUGCCCUCCCUCCGUUUUCCAGUUCUGAUGGGAAAGCUCCAGCCCAGCCUGCACUGCAAGCACAGACCCGAGCUAAGGCAGCACCUGCCACCUCUGAGGCUCCUUCUGCAGCUGGGAGAGCACAGCCCAAAGCUCCAGAGGGAUCACAUUCCACUCAAAUCCCACCAUCCUGCCCAUCAGGCACUUCUGGAAGUAACUCCCAGCAUGUCCAGCCCAGCCAGACCCACCAGGAUCCCUCAGCUCUGCAACCGAGGCCUUCUGGAAUUCCCAACAACAAAAAGCUUCCAAAAAGAAUUGAAAAUAUUUUUGCCCAGCUCCAGAGUAUAUUCCCAAACUGCAGCAGCUCAGAGCUCCUUGCCUCCAUCGGGGAGGUGCAGAGGAGAAACGGGACCAGCCUGAGCCCUGAUGAACUCCUCAGCAGGGCCACGGAGCUCAUCCUGGACCAGCAGCUCAAGGCAGCACCUCCAGCAGGCAGAGCCCUGCACUCCCCAGGCUCUGCUCCCCCAGCACGGGCCAGGGAAGUGCCCAUGGAAGGGACCCGCCCCGGCUCUCCCCGGGCAGCACCCGCCCCUAAAGCCUCCUCCAGCAAAAACCCCUCUCAGCCAAACCUGCAGCCCUGGGGCAAUGCUGGAGCUACACCUAAAGCCAAAUGGAGGAAGCAAGACAGUGCUGCCUGCAGUGAGGAUCCCUGCAGCAUCUGUCAUGAUGAGCUGAGCAGAGACUGCUGUGAGCUCGAGUGUGGCCAUCACUUCCACAGAGAGUGCAUCCGGACGUGGCUGAAGCAGCACUCCAGCACCUGCCCCAUCUGCCGUGUGCACGCUCUGCUGCCCGAGGACUUCCCUGAGCUUCCAGCCUGGAACAAGCCCAGCUGAGGCUGCUCCUCCUGCCUCCCCUCCCUCCCUCUGCACAGUUCAACGUGGAGAGGCUGCAGCACAGCCCAGUGCUGGGGACAGGACACAGCCCUGGCUUCUCUGGCUCCUGGGAUUGCUCCUGGCUCCUGCCUGAGCUGUGCACUGCAGGGCUGGCAGCACACAGAACUGCUGCAGUUUUGGCUGAGGGACACUGAAAGUACCAAAUUCUUUCAGCAGUGCAUAAUUCCUGUGAAGAAGGGGCUUUUCCCUCUGAUUUAUUCCAAUAGCAGACAUUUGUUUCCAACCCAAUUGGAAACAAAUUCCAAAACAUUCCCCUCCUCUGGCACAGACACUCCAGGAUUCAAGCCUGGUGUGCUCUUUGCAGCUCCUCUCUCUGCAUAAAUCCUCACCUGAGAAUUCAAAUUGUUUCAAUAAUGAUUUUUUUGGUCACAUUUUGAAGCAAGAAUUUUAAAUUAUUCAUUUGGAUCAAUUUUUAAAUCUCAAAAUAAGACUGAAAUUUGUAUUUCCCCCUCUUGUUGAAGAGUUGGUCUGUUUAAAUGGGAAGGAUUUUUUUAAAGGAUGUUUUAAAAGUGAUUUUAAAGUGACACUUCCUCUGUAUUUUGUGCAGGAAUGGUCACCAGUAGCAGGAGGGACAGAAUUCCAACAGCUCAGGGAAUUUUCUCCCACUGUUUUCUGAGUCUGAAGUGGCCAGAGCACCUUCAAAACAGACAGAUUUGUCCCAAACAGCCACAGGGUGAGGACCAGAGCCUGAGAAUCUCAAAGUGAAACUCAAAUAUUCUGUUGUCUGAAUCCAGGGAGCAUCACAUGGAUUAGGAGCCCUUGGCUAAUUCCAGGGAUCACUUGUUCCCCACACUGCUACACCUCCUCCAGCUGAAGUUCUUAACUCCUCUCUCAUUAAUCAGUGUAUUCAUUUCCACUUGAAUAAAAAAUAAAAUUACUGCUGCA